UGUUGCUUUGUCGUUGCUAUUCUGAAAACGAUUUAACGUUAAAAACAAAUGCCAGGUUGAUAAUCCUUAAUUACUAAUUAAGCCCAGACAUGAACCCAGAGUGCUGGAUGGCACUGCUGUGAGCUGGUGUGAGGAUAGAGAUGAGACAGCUGAAAAAGAGCUGAGAAGGAACUCUAGGUGGCAGCCAUGCUCUUUAGGUACGGAGGUGAUUCAAUGACAGGAUGGGGCUGGGAUGAGCAAGAAAUGUCUGCUCUCCCUGGCUGAGGGGAUGUAGUUUCCUGGGACGACGGAGGCCAAACUGGCCUAGCUGUUGUUGACCGUCUGGGGUUCUUUUGCCGAGGAGAAUCCCAGGGAUGCAGUCUGCAACGUACAAUGCCAUACGUUGUGUUUUCAGUCUGGAGGCUCUGGAGUGAGCCCAGAUGCAGAACAGAAACAGCUCUUCUAGAAGCCCUUCUCCCACGUGCCAGAACGCCUCCAGGCGCUGUUCUGCUGUCGGCUGCGCCCCUUUGUCAGCAGCGUUAUGCGCGGGGCUGCAGGAACUCAAAACGUCCACAGGGGGGCGCUGUGGUGACGCGGUUAGCAUCGGGGGAGCCGUGAGCACGGAUGGACCCGAGCGCUGCGCCGGCUCUCGCUCUUCGGAGUCACCCAGAGAAGCAGAGCCGGGCCCUUAUCUUGCAAUCGGAGAAAUAAGAGAUACAGCGCUGAGGGCCGUGGCCGUAGACCGGGCCCCGCCCCUCUUCGCCCGGCGAUUCUCGGCCCCGAGGAGCGGCGCGGGCGGAGCUCAGCGCGUUGCCGCCCGCUGAUGUCAGCGGGGCGGGGAUGGGGCUCCGGUGCCCCCGCUUCAGCCCGAGGAGGCGGCUCAUGCUGCAGGCACCUGUCUGCGAGUAGGCCAAUCAUGCGCGGGCAGAUGCACGGACCGCUGUUGUCGCUUUGCGGCCGUUCCCUUCCGCCUUUGUUGCUGCGCGCUGUCGGCACUGCAGGAGCGCCUUCGUUCGAGCGCGUCUUCCUGGGCGGUAAUGAAGAGCUGUGCUCUCUAGAAGCAGCUGAUUAGAAAAUAGCUGCUGGAAGGAUGGAGGCGCAGAAGAUAUGCGAAGAGAGAUGCGGUUGUGUAAUAUAUCUAUCCGGCAAUGAGCUUAUUAAUUACGAACUUAAAGGGAAGACGACAGCAAGCUUGGAAACAACAGUGAGCCCAGCAAAAUCAGUACCGGAGCACCGCAGAGGUCAAAAAAAGCUAUGAGCGAAAUGCUCGUGCGCAGAAGGCAGCUGCACUUUCUGUUCUGCUGAACGUUCGGGAUGUUUACAGCUCUUGUUUACAGUUCCAUUUAAUCUUGAGAGUGAACGUAAAGGAAGCCGAGCCCCGUUCCCCCCGCGGGGUGAUUCUGCGCAUGCGCACCACCGCCGCGCUUCUGAGCGGCGCCCGCGUCUCCCCGGUAACCGCGGCUCCAAUCCGCGCGCUGCAAGAUGGCGGCCGCGGGAAGCGCGGCGCGCGGCGGCGGAGGGGCGUGGGGUCGGGGCGUUCGGUAGAGAGGCGUUCGGUAGGGGCGGUCCCGGCCCUCGCGGCGCCGCGCAUGGAGCCUGCCGGCAGCCCGCUGGACCCCGGGCUCUCGCAGCAGGGAACGCCGCGUCUGAUCGUGGAGGACUCGCAGCCCGAGGGCGCGGGCCCGGAGCGGGACGCGGAGCGGGCCCGGCUCGGCGUGCUGGCUCGCCGGCUGCCGCUGCGGCGGAGCCCCGUGCUGGAGAUCGUCCGCGGGGCGGCCCGGGAGCGGCCCGCAGCUGGGAGCCGUGCGCCUGGCCGCGCUGACGGCGCGGUGCUCGCGGGGCCGAUGGAGAGCGCCGCCGAGGAGGUGCCGCCGCCCGGCCCGGACAGCAGUGCCCGUGGGAAGGCCGCAGAAAGAUGCGAAGAGGACGAUGAGGACAGUCCUGCCUCGCCGUACGCGGAAGAUACAGGAACAUCACAGCUGCAGUUUGGAGUUCUGGAGCUCUCACAGAGCCAGGACCUGGAGAGUGAUGUCGCACCCGAUGAAGAUGUUAGGAAUCAGCUUCACUCUGGAGCUGCUAUCUUUUCUUCUUCCAGAACUGUGAAGAGUGAUAUUAAGGAUGAACUGAAUGUCAAAAGCAGGGAAACUGUCACCAGCAUAGAAACACGUUCUGCUUUGGAGGGUCAACUGAAGGCGUUUAAAGGAACACUGCUGGAUGCAGAAGAACAUUCCAGGAAAGAGAUGCCUGUCUCUGAUUCACCUAAAACUGAGAAAUGUGCUGACUCUGGUCACGAGGAGUUGGAUAUCUUGUCGACUCAGGAAGAAAUGUUUCCUGAAAAUAAUGUAACAGGGAGUGACUGCCUUGUAACCAGAGUGGAAGAGGGAAGUUCUCUGGCAUGUACCCCUGCCCGCAGUCUGCACCUCCUGCAGCUCUCUGGACAGGGAUCCCUUGUACAGGAGAGCUGUUCCACUGGCUCUCAAGGUGUAGUUGUUCCUUCUCCUGUUGGCCUAGCAUCCAAUGCUCUCAUCCCUGGCAGUCCUACUGAACAGGACCAAUCAAAAGAUGAACACGUGGAUGUUUCUACCGCUGCAGAAGGAAGAGAGCUGGUGCAGAAGGGACAGAAGGAAAAGAGACUGAUGCAAGAGGAGCAGAAGGGAGUUGAGCUAGUGGAGAUGGUUAUUCCACCAAGGCCUCCUGUCCUGCCACAGGCUUCAACUCCAGUGUCCCAGAGUGCCCCAGCCUUCUUUCCUGAAUCUUUACCUAUACCAUCACAACCAGUGUUUUCUCAUGAUAUCUUUGUUCCAACUCAGAGUCCAGAGAAGAAUGAGGGAGAAGAAAAAGCUGCUGUUUCAACCUAUUCAUGUGUACCAGGAGACCUUUCUGGGCCCACAGAUGCUUUGUCAAAGAUGCCUGCAGAAGACUCUGUGUCACAGCCUUCUGAGUCCUGUAAUCUGAUGCUUUCUGCAAGUGGAUGCAGCCAGCCCACAAACAUAGAAAUCAGUUCAGACUCUCUGAAAACUGGCCAUGAUAAUGAAGCUACACAGAUCCAGGUAACUUCUGAAUGUAGUAUUUCAGACUUGAGACUGUCUUCUGUGGAGAAUGAUGACAGAAAAAUGAGGCUGGAUGCAGGCCAUCAAGCCCUCUCUGAGAACUGUGAAAAACCAAAAAAGGAGGAUAUACGUUCUUCAGGAAAGCCUGUAAUGCAGUUAGGUAGUACAGAAAUAGCAGGAGAUGAGACAUCAGGCCCUGCAGCCCAUCAGGCUCAGGGGUGUAUUUCUGGAAGUCAGGCUGCUGCGGAUCAGUCUUGCCCUGAGAUUUCAUCCUGUGGUGACAGGAGAGAAGCUCAGUUAAAGGGUUAUUCACUAAAAGAGAGUUCUCAAUAUGAGGCAAUUCCUGAGACUCAGCCUGAAGAACAGGAAGAAAAGAUGCAUAUAGAAGAGAAACAAAUGAAUGAAGAUGAGUCUCUUGUUAACAUGACUGUUUCUGAGAGGUUCCUUCUUGAAAGGAAGGUAGAGCACCAUGAAGAGAUGGAAGUAGAAUUUGCUGGUGGUUCUUGUGAAAAUAGCAAAAAACUGCCUGAGACUCAAGAACUCGGAAAGAUUAGACCAGAAUGCUGCCGAAAAGAAACUUUAAAAGAUGGUACUUCUGGCACUGGAGAAGCAAAGAAUGUAGAUAAACUGUCCUUUAAAGCUGCUUCAGAAAGCAUGCCAAAGCUGAAUGAAGUUUUAUCUAAGCCUUCUGUAGGGGAGUUAUUAGAACAGCACAAUUUGUUUCCUAAAUUAAAGAUUGACAUUCCAUCUGAGAUGGCAUUGUGUGCCAAAAGCCAUGCAGAAAGGUCAGAGUUACAUCAGAUAAUAGAGACUCAACCACCGCAACAAGAGAGGGAAGCUGACAUACUGAUGACUCAGCAGGAGAAUCAGGUGCCAAAGAAUACAGCGAUUACUGCUAUGACAGUGAAUCCGGAGCAAGAAGAGCAGAUGCAGCAAGAGGAGCAGGCAGCUGCUAAGUCCCCCAGUCCUUCCAAUGGAACACCAUUUCAUUUUGCUUUGCCAAAGGAGGGUGAUACCAUUCAACCACUGACCAGUGUAACGCCACCUCUCACUGGCCAACUUAAAAUGGGACCUAGAAGACACAGCACACCAAUUGUGGAUGAUAGUUGCCCAGACAGCACGAUAGCAACUAGUGACGUUACAGCAGAGGGCACAAUGGGGACCAACAGUGUCACUGUGGAAAGUGCAGUGGUGUCAGCAGACGUGUCAGAAGUGUGUGAAAAAGGAGAUUCUUGUGCAGUUCCUGAGGCUGAUGUAAAACUCUCUCUACGAAUGAACCUUGUUACCCCCAUGAAUGAUGGGAGUGAUGAGUCCCUACCAUUCAGCUUGGAAAAGCCCACAGCCAGUGACAGGAAAAUUGGAUUCUCUGCUGCUGCCAGCUCCCAGAAAGCAUCAUCUGUAUUUAGUCGUGUCUGUGAAGUUCGGCGAGAGGAGGAGACUAGAGACCACAGCCUUUCAGCUUCUCCAUUUAGGGGAAAUCUAUUCAGCUUUCCUGGCGCAGAAAAGAAUGCUGAAAUAUGUGAAAAUCCUGGUAAUCAGCAACACAGAGCAGAUGACAGUGGUGGACAGCUUCUAAUACUUCAGAGACUGCAGCAGGGCUGCCAUCAACAACCUUCUUGUACAGAGCAGAAAGAGUCAGCGGAGGCUGGUAUUGUAACAACGCAGGUGGAAGAAGGGGCAAGAAUGCAGCAGAAACCAAGUAAGGUGGUUGCAGUUGAUGAAAGCCAAGGGAAGCAGGCUGAUACCAAUACUAAAGGGAUUCAAACUGCAGCAGACUGUCUUUUUACCCCAACAACUGUUACAACAGCAACACAAACAGCAGAAGGAACUUGCAGGCGAGUGGAUGUGGGAACCAGUAUGUGUGGGCAAAGACCUGGGCGACAAGAUGUAAACAUCCAAACUGAGGAGGGUGGACAAAAGCUUGUGAAUACCUCUGCAGAAGACACAGACUCUCUACACAGUCAGGGAGAGGAUGAAUUUAACCUUCAUCCUCCCAGAGGUCAGGUUCAGCGUCGACACGUGCGAACUAUUCGAGAGGUGCGCACUGUGGUUACCCGUGUUAUAACUGAUGUUUACUACAUAAAUGGUGCAGAGGUGGAACGGAAGGUAGUUGAGGAAACUGAGGAGCCUGUAGUGGAGUGCCAGGAGUGUGAGACUGACACGUCUUCCUCUAGAACUACAGUUGGCUCAUCGCUGACUUCAGGGGACCUUGGUGAUGUCAGCUCCUUUUCUUCUAAGGCCUCAAGCCUCCACCGCACAUCCAGUGGAGCAAGCAGCAGUCUCUCUGCCACACACAGCAGCAGUUCAGCACGAGGAACUGGAGCUGUCAAAGGGAAAAUGUGUGGUACAGAAAGUGGAGAGUUUGCUUUACCCAUUGGCAGAGGUGUCUUAGGAAAACUGAGUCCUAGGAAAGGAGUUGCACAACCAGUAUCUCCUCUCAGAGUUAGUCAGGCAGGAGCAGCACUUCUGUGUGAGGAAGAGGAGGACUCUAUGCUUGGUACUCGCCAGGGUGGCAAAGCACCUGUGACACCUCGUGGGCGAGGAAGAAGAGGCCGCCCACCGUCCCGAACAACUGGAACAAGAGAUUUGGCUGGAAUUCCUGUUGUGGAGGAUCUCUCAACUACAGGAUCGCCUGAGGAGAAAUCGUUUGUUCGUACAAUUCGCCUACCAGAUGGAGGGGAGAAAUCUGACACAUCUGGCUUCUGUGCUUUACGUCGAAGUGAUUCUCCAGAAAUCCCAUUACAGGUGGUGGCUGGUCCUUCAGACUGUGCAGACUCAUCUGCUGGGAGCAGCUUUGUGGGCCUCAGGGUUGUAGCAAAGUGGUCUUCAAAUGGGUACUUCUAUUCUGGGAUGAUUACUCAAGAUGUUGGAGCGGGGAAGUACAAACUUCUCUUUGAUGAUGGAUAUGAAUGCGAUGUACUAGGAAAAGAUAUUUUACUCUGUGACCCUAUCCCACUGGAGACUGAAGUAACUGCGCUCUCAGAGGAUGAGUACUUCAGUGCAGGUGUAGUGAAGGGGCACCGGAAGGAGUCUGGAGAGCUGUAUUACUGCAUUGAAAAGGAAGGCCAGAGGAAGUGGUACAAGCGAAUGGCUGUUAUCCUGUCUCUGGAACAAGGAAAUAAGCUCCGAGAGCAGUUUGGACUAGGUCCUUAUGAGCCUGUCACCCCCCUGACUAAGGCAGCUGACAUCAGUCUUGAUAAUCUUGUGGAGGGGAAGCGGAAGCGACGCAGCAACCUUGUCUCUCCCAGCACCUCCAGCAGUAGUACAACUCCCACUCGUAAAGGAAUGGAAAGUCCGCGUGUGCCACCAGGUGUGCUUUCUGGCAAAAGGAAACUUGUUGCUUCUGAGGAAGAGAGAUCCCCAGCUAAACGUGGCCGUAAGUCAGCAACAGUAAAGCCUGGGGCUGUGAAAACAGGAGAAUUUGUGAGUACCUGUGAAGGUGUAGAUCCCCCAGUACUGGAGGACCAUCAUGGACCAUUGCCACAGAAUAAGACCCUCUUUUUGGGCUAUGCCUUUCUCCUCACCAUGGCAACACCCGGUGACAAACUGGCCAAUUGCCUGAAGCCUUCAGAUGGUCCUGCAGGGAGUAGUGAGGAGGAAGAAGAAUUCUUAGAGAUGACUCCGUAUAACAAACAUUAUAUAGCACAGCAGCUGCGAGCAGGAGCUGGCUAUAUCCUGGAAGACUUCAAUGAAACACAGUGUAAUGCAGCAUAUCAGUGUCUUUUAAUUGCGGAUCAGCAUUGUCGAACACGGAAAUACUUGCUGUGCCUUGCCCGAGGGAUCCCUUGCGUGUCUCAUAUCUGGGUUUAUGAUAGCUGUCAUGCUAACCAGCUUCAAAAUUAUCGAAAUUACCUUUUGCCAGCUGGUUAUAGCCUUCAGGAGCAAAAACUGCUAGAAUGGCACCCACGAGAAAACCCAUUCCAUAACCUGAAGGUUCUCCUGGUAUCAGAUCAGCAGCAGAACUUCCUGGAUUUGUGGUCUGAAAUCCUUAUGACUGGGGGAGCAUCUUCUGUUAAACAGCAUUUUUCAAAUGCUAACAAUAAAGAUAUUGCAUUGGGUGUUUAUGAUGUGGUGGUGACUGAUCUUUCCUGCCCAGCUGUUGUCUUGAAGUGCGCGGAGGCAUUAAGACUCCCUGUUGUCUCACAAGAAUGGGUGAUCCAGAGCCUUAUUGCUGGAGAGAGAGUAGGCUACAACAAGCAUCCAAAAUACAAACAUGACUAUGUCCCUCAUUAAGCUGAAACUUUGUCCUGCUGUCCCACCAUUGUGCAGACUGUUUUAAUCAGGUUUUAAAUGUUUGUGGAAUUGGACAGCGUGCAUGAUUUAUUGUAUAUAGUUUUAUCUGCUGAACUUUUAUCAUGAAAUAAAUGUUCAAUCUCUUGUGUUA